GGGAAGGGGGGGCAAGCGCUCAGUCCGCUGCCAGCCGCCGAACGAGACACACGUGUUAUUUGUGAACGGAUAUGACGGAUUAGUGAAGUGAAGUGCUGUGUGUGAAUCUUUUAAGCUGGAAACUAACGGAUUGUGGGGCAACAUGCUGACGUCAAGUAAUCAGUAUUUACGACCGGAUUAUCUGUCGCCUUUGCCUACCACGCUCGACGCGAAAAAGAGCCCGCUGGCGCUCCUAGCGCAAACCUGCAGCGCCAUCGGCGCUGACACGCCGAACCCCAAGCUCAUCUCCGCUGCGGAGAAAGCCAGCAAGAAGUAUGAAGACAAACCGCAUAUGGAUAACAAGCCCAGCUUCAAGCCUUACGAGUCGUGCCUCACUGCGAGAGAAAAGACUAGAACACCGGAGGACAGAGCGUCGUCCGUGAAUGCUCACUCCAAGACGCCUUCCUCCAAAGGUAGCGCGUCAACGACUCCUGUACAAGCGCGCUGUGGAAGCAAUCAGAGCUCCUCCUCUCAGAGAACCUCACCACCCGCCAACCACAAAACGCCAUCAGAAAAAUCAGAUGAACGGUCGAGUCCCCUACAUGGCUCCCCGAAUCCAACCAAAUCAGACUCUGCUAGUAAUUCAUCCACAUCGAAGUUACCCUUCACGCCUACCAGUCUAUCGUCCAGUGCCGAUACCAAAGAACAUUCAAGCUUCAAACCGAGCGUACCUGUCACAUCAUCAGCUUUUCUAGGAGGCUUGCCACCCACUGGCUUUCCUUUACAUAUGGAUUUAAUGACAAGCAGUCUUAUGGCAGCUCAACAUCAUGCACUGAAGAGUGGGCUGAACCCUUAUCUGGCGUACGCGAGAAUGAAAGCACCAGGUGGAGAUCUAGGAGUGUGCAGAGAUCCGUACUGCACGGGUUGUUCAUUGAGUUCGCAUUUGCUCAAGUCUGCGGUGUGCCCGGCCGGGUGCACGCAGUGCGACCAUGUGAAGACGCCGUUCCCGUUACCGACUAGUCACCCCGCGGCUGCCGCCUAUGCGCACGCUCAGCUGGCGGCCUUGGCCGCCGCAUCUCAGCUGCCUUUCGUCUGUAGCUGGAUGGCCGGAGACUCCGCUUAUUGCGGGAAGCGGUUCGCGACAUCCGAGGAGCUGCUGCAGCAUUUACGUUCACACACUGCCAGCGGAGAAUCGAGUCCAAGUCUGUCGAUGCUCAGUGCGACGCACCCUCUGCUACAGCGGACGUACCCGACCCCGCCGCUGUCGCCGCUCACGCCGCGGUUCCACCCGUACAGCAAGCCGUCGCACCUGGUGUCGUCGCCGCCGCUGUUCCAGCUGCCGCCGCACCCGUCGCUGGCCGCCUACUUCCCGUCGUACCCGCUGUUCGGGCCGCGGCCGCUGCACCCGUGAGGUCAGGCGGCGCUCCAACACAAGAAAGGGGGCGCCGACCGCUAACGCCCAAGCCAAAAGGACAUUCGCAACCGAGGAGCGUGUAAAUAUAGCGUAGUGUUCCGAGGUUCUAGUCGGCUCAUAUCAUCGACGACGCCCGCGAGGGCCGCGCAGCUGUGAUCUCUACUCGUAAUGUAUGUUAUAGUGCACUGAUUAUUGUGAGAGCUCAUCUGUAAAUCACGCUGUACAUAUUUGGGCAUACCUAUUAGUUUGAUGCUCGACGCUAGUGCUUUAAAGAGUGGUUCAGUGUUGCAAAACGUGAAGGAUUGCCUUUGAGCAUGGUCAGGUAUGCCCUAUGUAUGGCCAAUUUAAGCUUUGAAUCGCGCAAGCGUUAAUUUUCUAGUUAGACUAACAAAAUUUUUAUGUACCAAAUCUAUAGAUGUAAUUUAAAUAGUUUUUUUUAAUAAGUUGUUGCAAAUUAGAAUUGUUAAUUUGUGUUUGUAUUAUUAAAGCUGUUCUUGGUCAGAAUACACGAACGAAUUCCUGUCCUCAGUUUCACAUGAAACGGGUAAACGCUCGGAUAUUUUGUAAACAAGAUGUAUUCAUUAGUUGUUUAAUCUGAUCCAUUGAUGCAAAAGACGUUGAUCAAUGAAGACAAACAAAGUCAUACCAGAUAAACUAUUUUACGGACUUUGCAGUAAACUUGUACUUACUCCAUGACAUACUUUGAUCGAUGGAUAAGAUUGGACGUCUAGAGGAAGCGUGUUUGGUAUUAUUUGGUGACAAUGAGGCACAUAUCUUGUAUAAAGCGUAGUACCGACGCGUAGCGUAGCGUCUUCAUUAAGAUUACCUUAACGAUCUUAUUUUAUAUUCAUUUUCACUUCAACUUUCCAACUUGUUAAACUGAUAAGAUCUUAAUAACAGAAUCUCAACACAUUACUUCAUAAAUUUACAUUAACAUUAAACUUUAUGAGAUAGCCACUUCACUGAGUAGGAAGCGAUUCUAAUGCUAUUUUGUCUUGUGCAAUUAUGGUCUUUGAAUAACUUUCAUAAUUUCGUACCAAUUUUUUAACAUCCACUUAAAAAAAUCUUUAUUUAAAAUAAGUCAAAAUGGUGCGAAGCUAUAAAAGUUAUUCUUGGAAAGAUUUGAUGUUAUUACAGAUCUGAUUUCAACCGAAUAAUGUGUAUGCCGAUCGCAAUGUUAAACAUAAUUUGUUGUUAAAGUACAUAAAGCGAAGAAAAUAUACGUAAAUAUUUAAU